AAAACAGCUUAAUGAAGAAGUUGAAAUCCGCUGUUUAAAAGCUUGAACAACAAAUUACCAUGAAUCCUGGUUUAUACUUUGCUAUAGGCAAAAAAGCUAGAGAUCUUCUCUACAAGGAUUAUGCUCAACGACAACCACUACAACUUCGCUACCAAAGUUUCGACUGGAGUUUUGACUUCUCAUGCCAAAUUGAAGAGAUUUUGCCAGGAGUAAAUACAGUUUUUAGAGUUAUUAUUCCAGAUUCUGGUAAGGCAGAACUGCAAUACUUGCGUGACUACGUGGGGUUUAGUGCCGGAGUAGGAUUGAAGGCAAACCCUGCAACAGGGUUUGACCCCAUUGCAAACAUCUCGGGUGUAAUAGGAAGCACUCUUGUCUCUCUUGGAGCCGACCUUGGCUUUGACAUAACAGCAGGGACUCUCAACAAAUUCAGUGCCAGUUUGAGCUUGAAUACUGCCUUCCUCAUUGCUUCCUUGACCUUGAGUGAUAGUUUUGACAGUGCAAAAGCAUCCUUUUACCGUGCGUUGAACCCCCCAACCAGAACUGCAGUUGCUGCUGAGUUGAAGCAUAGGUUUUCAGAGGAUGCAACAACCCUUACAGUUGGUGCGCAGCAUGCAUUGUUUCCAUUGACAUUGGUGAAGGCUCGCAUGGAUACUGAUGGGAAGGUUAGUGCCGUUCUUCGGCAACAAGUGUGGCAAAGGUUCUAUGUCUCAAUUGCUGGAGAGAUGAAUUUAAGAGACAGCAAUUAUAUUCCUAGAAUUGGACUUUCUAUGGCUCUCAAGCCCUAGAGCAAUUCAUCAUACUGAAGCUCUGAAGUGUCCCUGUGAUGAUUUUGUGUUAUGAAUCAUAGUAUUUAUGUUCCUGGAUUCAAUCCAGUUUGUAUAUGAAAUGGGGGAUCUCAGAAGGUUUUCGUCCUUUACCACUUAGAAAUCAGUGAGGAAAGGGUAGAAAUAUAUAUAUACAAGUUCCUACUAUUAGUGAUAAAUAAUGUAAAAGACAUGCAGAAAAUUAAGUUGAGAUGUAAAGUUAAUUCUAUAUUGAAACAGUUGGCACUUAGCCAUGAUGCAGAAAA